AUGAAUAAAAUUGUCAAGAAGCUGUUGAAACGGCAGCUUGACAAAGCCAAGGAGCCUGGCCGGAAAGCUUCCAGAGGCGCUAUGGGCCAUCCGGACAUCCUACCGAACGGCAACUGGGGAAACACCAUUCUCUAUGGCUUUCGGUUCAGAGGCAGUAGUCCCAGUAGAAAUCGGAGAGCCUUCCUACCGAACGGAAACCUUCGCACCCGAAAGGCGAAUGAGGAAGCGCUUGCUUUGAGCCUCGACCUGCUCGAAGAACGCCGAGCACAAGCCAACCUUCGGAACGAAGCUCCAAGCAACGCGUCUCUCGGUACUAUGACUCCAGGGUCAGAUCCCGCUCUUUCCGAAUCGGAGAUUGGGUCAUGCGGAAAGUCUCUUUGGCAACCAAGAAUCCCACGGAAGGAACCCUCGGACCUUCCUGGGAGGGACCCUACGAAAUCAUCGGUAUCCAGCGAUCGGGGACUUAUCGACUCAGAGACUCCAACGGAAAGACCCUCGGUCAUCCUUGGAAUGUAG